AUGAUUAUCAUUUAAAUUAAAGGAUAGAUUUAUCAAAAUAAUAUAAAAAAGGAGAAGAGAUAUAAUAUAAAAUAAAAAUAUCUUUAGUAGGAUAGUAUUCUGAAUAUGAAUUAAUUAUUUAUGCUGAUGAUGAUGAUAUAAUUGAGAGUAAAUUUACUAUGUAAACGCAAAUUUAAUUUCCUUUCAAUAAAGAUAUAUGUAAUGAGAAUGUUUAUUAACGCAAUCGAAUAUGCAUUGAUUAAUUGUAUCAAUAUGAUUAUUAAUAUUACUUAUUAUAUCAGCUUACAAUAAAAUGCUUAUCUGAUGUUUGUAGGACUAGAUAGUAUUUUAUUGUUCAAAAAAAAAGAUAGUAAAACGAAGAAAAAUUACAACCAUAUUAAAUGA